UAGGUCAUAUUUUUUCAAAAUUUUAUAUAAAAGCAAAUGAUCCAUUGUUAUCCUAUUUCAUGAGCCCUGCAGUUCUUUUGAAUUAGUCUAUUAGAGUUUAGUUUAGGGCUGUUUGAGGUGCAAACUAAAAUUUUUUGUUGAAUAGGCCUAUUCCUUUUUAUUUGCCACUUUCUAUUUUCAGAAAAGUUGGUUUCAAAUUUCAAUAUCUUCCACAAUGGGUAAAAUGACAGCAAGGCGACCUGAGCAUCAAUCACCACCUGAUAUUUUUUACAAUGAAGAAGAAGCUCAAAAAUAUACACGAAACACCAGAAUAAUGGACGUUCAGAGUCAAUGCAGUGUGAGGGCCCUUGAGCUGCUUGCCUUGCCUCCCGACCAGCCUUCAAUAUUGCUUGAUUUGGGAUGUGGUUCGGGGCUGUCAGGGGAAGCAAUCACAGAACAAGGACACUUCUGGGUUGGGUUGGAUAUUUCUCAAGCCAUGCUGGAUGUUGCCCUUGAACGCAGUGCUGAGGGAGACAUGCUGCUCAGUGACCUGGGCCACGGAGUGCCCUUCCGCCCCGCCAUGUUCGACGGGGCCGCUCAGAACAGCGCGUGUCGAGCCUCAGCGGAAGAAGCACGCACGGCAGCUGUUCGCCAGCACAGAGAACAACAGAGACAAGCGGACGAGCAACAGAGACGGCGUCUGUUGGCUCUGUGGGAGCGCCAACAGACGCUCGUAGAAAACAGGAAAAGGGAACGCGAACAAGCUGCUAGGAAGAGUCGUGGCAGCAGGGCAGUGUUUCAGUUCUACCCAGAGAGCGACCAGCAGGUGUCACUCAUAGUCAAGCAAGCCACGAAGGCUGGAUUCACAGGUGGCGUCGUUGUUGACUAUCCUAAUUCUACGAAGGCAAAGAAGCUUUACUUGGUACUUAUGUGUGGGGGGUCUGCGCCCCUGCCGCAAGGGCUACAGGAUGAAGGCGUGCCUGAGGCCGCAUACAACAGAAGGCUGCAGCUCAAGAAGGGUGUGAGGACGACUGCAGCCAUAAGAGAGAAAAUUCGUCAAAAGAAAGAGAGGAGGAUGAAGCAAGGCAAGCAGGUGCACCGUGAUUCAAAAUAUACCGGCAGGCCAAGAUCUUCAAGGUUCUAAUGCAAUGUGACUGAGUACUAAGGCAUUGUGUUUAAAAAAAAAAUACAAACGGUUUGCCCAUGUA